CUGCGGAAGCAACGAACCAGAGGUCCCAAAGUACCUUCCGAAGUAUAACGGAAGUGUUAACAAACUCGUUGGCAGUGCCUUAACGAUAGGAAAGUAUUAGAGUUCAUUGGGCACGAUUGUUUUUCAUUAAUCGCUUCCAUUGCUCUAUCGUUUUCAAGUGCGAUAGAACCAAUUUAUUAGUGACUUUUACUCUAUCUUAUUUUAUAUUGGUUUGUAGCCAACAGAUACGUAUAAAAUAUUAAACGUAACGAUGUUUUUCUCCUUAGUAUUUGUCGCAGGAUUCUAAUUCAUGUGACAAAUAAAAAAUGUAUAAUUCUUUCUAACAGUAUCGCGUGAUUAACAUACUUUUAUUUCACAGGAAGCGCCACUUAAUUGCCCCCGUCGAAAUUCUUUUACAUGGAAGUGUUAAUGUAUCGGUUUAAGGAAAUACACAUGUCCAACAAAAUAUUGAUUGGCUUAGCACGUUCGCAAACGCUUUCGCCGGGUGAGUUGAUGCACGUAGCAUUUGUAGCGGGUAGUGAGUAGUGAGGGGGGCCCAGACGUCGGCGCGCGGCCUCAGUCCAGCCGACGCGAUGCGCCCGCUCACCGCACUGCUCCUACUAGCCGCGUGCCAGUGUUUACACGCAGACGAGCUCCCGCGAACGUCACGUGAACGCAUUACAAGGACACUGCACUCGCUCCUCGGAGAACACUUCGAGCCCGUACAACGCAUACUCUCCUGUACGCACUCAUUAGGACCCACGAAAUGUCUCAGUGCCCUAAGUGUUUGGCGAGCGGAACGCGCCAUCGAAGCAUUCGCAAAGGAUCCCGCUAGCCGGUUCAAUCUGACCGAGGAUGUGGAACAAUUCCCAUGGACGAAGUACACUAACACUACUGAUGAGCAGCUAUAUACAAAACUCUAUGAUGAUACUAAGACACUGCUGCAGUUCCGGCCUCUGGGGCUGAACAUGAUACCCGGUUAUCAAUUAACAUUGGGUUUCAGAGAAAACGGAACGAUGAACGUCGACCUCUAUAAAAGCGACGAAGCUGAGACUGGUAGGAGUAGCAUGAAGAAACUGUAUAAAAUGUUUUACAAGUUCUCACCCAUACUCUUGGUGCCGGGUCUUGUAAUGUCUGCGAUAUUCCCCUUCAUAUUACCUGGGUUGAAGAUGAUGACUCUGAUGGUUGGAAUGAUGAAUAACAUGGCUUUGAUGGGCGCAAUUUUCACGUUGCUAAGAAACAACGCCUUUAACGAUAAGUAUGAGCAUAAAGUUGUGUACGUCAAUAGUGGAUAUGACAACGAAAAGUUUGCCGCCACGAAUACUGAAGAGCACAUUCAUUCUAAUCACUAUGGUAUUCUUUACGAUGACGUCCAGAGACCUAAAGUCGAAGAACAGAACUUUGCGGAAAGCUUUGACAACGGUGAGGAGAUACCAGCAUUGUCUGUUAGCCCGGAAUGGCUCAAAGCAUACGCAGACGGGAAAAUGUUGGCGAUUAUAGGGAAAAAUAGGAACAAACAGAAACACUAGCCCAUCAUGCCUAAGUAAACGUACCUUGCCAAUUUGUACCUUUAGAACUGACCUUAAUUUAAAAUGCUUUAAUUGUAGUUAUUAUUAUUUCUAGAUAGAGUGUUGUGGUUAUUAUCUUUCGCAGACGCAUAAUUUAAUUCUGAAAUUUCUAAUAUGAUAGUGCUACUUCAAUGUUUGUAAUUUAUUUGGCAACUCAAUAUGUUUUGUCUAACUUUUAAUUAAUAAUUGCUUAAAUCCAAUUGU